GCGGUUUAGCGGUCGAGGGUCUAGACUAUGUAAUGAACAUCCCUGGUUUUGAUUUGUUUUUUUGGAACCGGCGACAAGAAAAACAGUUCACGUAGUAGAACGCCCCUUAACUCCGCUUAACUUUGUUCAACCCUUGGAUUCCCCUUAACCUCCAUUUCGACGUUUCUACUUUGUCAAAGAAGAGUUCAACGUUGGUUUCGAGUUCAAAAUUCCACCAAAAGUUGUUAUUGUUGCCCUUUCAUGGAAGAUUUGCAGAGUGCUCUUGCAGCUCGUGGUCUCACUGUUUCUACACUUCCAGAAAAAGGUCGUUGUCUCGUAACUACCAGGGACUUCUCAUCAGGAGAUGUGAUUAUAAGUCAAGAACCUUAUGCCUCUGUACCAAAUAACUCUCCUGUAAGUUCAAGAUGUGAUGGCUGUUUUGCAUCAAGCAACCUCAAAAAAUGUUCAGCUUGUCAAGUUGUCUGGUAUUGUGGGAGCACAUGCCAGAAAUCAGAGUGGAAGUUGCAUCGUCUUGAAUGCCAAGUUCUCCUUGGACUUGAUAAUGACAAACGAAAGUCAAUUACACCAUCUAUUCGUUUGAUGGUGAAACUGUACUUAAGAAGAAAAUUGCAAGGUGAUCAGGCCAUUCCAGCUACUGCUACAGAUAACUACAGUUUGGUGGAGGCAUUGGUGUCUCACAUGUCCGAUAUUGAUGAGAAGCAGCUGGUUCUAUAUGCACAGAUGGCUAACCUUGUCAACCUGAUACUUCAGUGGCCUGAUAUCAACAUAAAAGAAAUUGCAGAAAAUUUUUCUAAGCUUGCAUGCAAUGCCCAUACAAUCUGUGAUAGUGAGCUGAAACCUUUAGGGACAGGACUAUAUCCUGUAGUUUCCAUUAUUAAUCAUAGCUGCUUGCCCAAUUCAGUGUUGGUAUUUGAGGAAAAGAUGGCAGUGGUUCGUGCUGUCGAGCCUAUUCCUAAAGGUACAGAGGUGUUGAUAAGUUACAUAGAGACUGCUGGAAGCACUGCAACUCGGCAAAAAGCUCUCAAAGAACAAUACCUUUUUACAUGCACAUGUUCCCGCUGCAUAAAAGUUGGCCUGAAAGAAGACAUUCAAGAAAAUGCAAUCUUGGAAGGCUAUAGAUGUAAGAAUGAUAUGUGCAAGGGUUUCUUGCUUCGUGAUUCUGAUAACAAAGCAUUUAUAUGUCAACAAUGUGGACAUGUUAGGGAUAAGGAAGAAAUAAGAAAGAUUGCAAGUGAAGUUAAAUCACUGUCUGACAAGGCAUCUAUUUCUCUAUCUUCUGGAAAUUAUCUGGAAGCUAGUUCUAUGUACAAGACUAUAGAGCAACUUCAAAUGAAACUCUCUCAUUCACUUUCAGUCAAUUUGAUGCGAACUCGAGAAACUCUUCUCAAGAUUUUGAUGGAACUGAAGGACUGGAGAGGAGCAUUACACUAUUGCAGACUAACCAUUACAGUUUAUCAAAGAGUAUAUCCAGCAAUUCAUCCUUUGCUUGGACUACAAUACUAUACUUGUGGGAAACUUGAAUGGUUACUUGAGGAAACAGAAAAUGCCAUCGAGUCACUUACCAAGGCUAUAGAUAUAUUGCGAAUUACUCAUGGGACAAAUACACCAUUCAUAAAGGAGCUGCUUCUCAAGCUGGAGGAGGCACGUGCAGAAGCUGCUUACAAAACCAGAUCUGCCAAAUCAUGGGAUUGACUAGUAUUGAUCUCUUCUCCCCAUCAGACGUUGUUGAGAAAAGGGAUACUUGCAGAGUUUGUUUGUGCAUUCGCUCCCUCUCAAAGAAAGCAAGGACUGACAGGUUCCGCAUUUUGAUGUCAUUAGUGAUGCCUACUGAUAUGGUUGGAUUAAUCCGCAGAAGCAUGGAGCAAUCACAGUGUAGCUCUUCAAGUUCUGCUAGUUGCAGUCAAUCCAUGGAAUCAAGAGUAAAUCACAGGUGUUGGCAGAAUGUGAAUUGGUAAAACUUCCAUGUCCAUCGUCAAACUGGAAAUAUUUAGUACUUAAGAUGGGGCUUACUAGAUCAGAACUCCCAGGAAUUGCAUGGUUGUUGAGAAGCUCCCCUACUCUUGAGACACUUGAAUUAAGUUUUGGCCAUUAAAAUUUUUCGAAGGUCUGUGCAUAGGAUCUCAUUUUGGACCUUAUUUUGAAGACUGGAAACGGGAGACGUUUUUCCCUGGUCUAGCAUACCAUCUUAAGAUUGUUAAUAUAAUUGGCUUUACGGGGAACUCCUAUGAGGUAGAAUUGGUGGAGUUCCUGCUUAAGAAUGCAUUAGUCUUGGAGAAGAUUGUAUUUUGCAGCCUAAAGGAACAUCAGAGUGGUAAAAUGUUUUCUGAGAUGAUUUUGAGUUUUCCAAGAGGCUCUGCAAGUGCAGCAAUUGUAUUCAUUUGAGAAAUAUUAUGAUUAGUCGUUGUAAUGAGAUGCAUGGUGUAUUUAAUUGGUAAAUUCCUGCUUCUAGUUAUUGCAGGUUUGGUUUUGCAUUCCUGGUUA